AUGCGUGUGUUUGAAGCACUUGCACGGCUUGGACUCGCGCUCCCGACGCCGAGCUCUCUGUCGAGCAACUGGCCGCUAUUCGCGUCGCUUUCGCACUAUGUAUGCACACUGGGGUGCAUUGUCGGGUACAGUGUAGCACUUACUGCGCUCUUGUACCUUGGUACAUUGUACGCCGACUUUCGGGGUAAAGUGCUGCCCGGACAACGUCAUUUUCGCAAAGACAAUGGGUUGCAAUGCAUACGUAAUUAUGUCGUCGCGCCGAUAUCGGAAGAGCUCGUAUUCCGGGCAUCAAUGCUUGCUACAAUCCAGUAUGCCGAGCCACCCGUAUCCCUCGCGUGUAAGAUAUUUGCGACACCCUUGUACUUUGGCCUCGCACAUGUGCACCAUGCUUGGGAAAUGUUUGCACUACAUGGGAAAACGCGGCAUGCAAUGCACAGUGCAUUGCUCAGCUCUGCAUUGCAGUUUGCGUACACGAUUGUGUUUGGCUGGUACGCAGACGCGCUUUUCCUGCGCACCGGCUCGGUGCUUGCGCCGUGUGCGGCGCAUAUUGUGUGCAAUGCCAUGGGACUCCCGCGGGUUGCGCGCGAUGCAAAAACGACGUCAAUCGUGUUGAGCGUCGUAGGUCUUGCUGCGUUUGCGUAUGCAUUUGGGCCGCUCACAUCUGUGGCCCUUUUUGGAGGGUAUAUGGACUGA